AUGAGCUUUUGGGGGUGCCAGCUGAAGCCAGGCGCAAAGUUCGAAGUGAAGGCAGAAGAAGGAGGAGAUGUUUUACAUUUAUCGCAGGCAUGUCUGCAUCAGCCAACAGCUGGGAAAAACUUCCUGCAGGUUGUGGACGGCGCAAAGUCCUACUCCAUAGCUUGCCUGCAGAAGGACAAGAGCGAAUAUGCUUCCUUCGAUCUCUUCUUCCGGACUGGAACGUGCUCUUUCCACAACAAAGGCAGCAGCGAGAUGCACCUGACCGGGUACUUUGAGCCGGAUGGUAUGCCAGAUGAUGACGAGGAGGAAGAAGAAGAGGAGGAGGAGGAGGACGAAGAGGAGGAGCCUCCAGCGAAGAAGCCGAAGAAGAAGUGA